GUCAGCCUAUAUAAGCAGCACAAAGUUUUCCAAACACCCAGCAAAACAUUCAGUCGACCUCUGACUGAGAACAGACGAGAAACGCGCCGUGUGUCUUCUGCGUAAAGAAAGUGCCAAGCCGGGUCCAGACAUGGAGAGGUCAGUCAGGUUUGCCGUGGUGUGCGUCGCAGUGUCUCUGCUCGUCUCCUGCAAUCCAGUCGAAGCCUGGUACAAGCAGUCGACCGGGCCCAGUUACUACUCGGUGGGUCGUGCCUCUGGUUUGCUGUCCGGCAUCAGGAGGUCGCCGUACGUCCGGAGGUCCGAGUCCGAAGAGACGCUGUUGGACAGCGGGGAGACAGCUGGCAACAGCGUGAUUCCAGACACUAACAAGCAGAUCUCCAUCCUCAAAAGCAUGGCCAUCUGCGUCAAGGACAUCUCUCCAAACCUGAAGAGCUGCGAGCUGCUGCGGGACGGGACGGGCACCUUCCAGUGCAAGGCGGACGUCUUCCUCACCCUGGACUCCCUGGACUGCCUGUCCGCGUGAGUCCCGGUCGGACCGGCAGAGACAGUCCUGGUCCUCCAGCCGAGACCCGGCAGCGCUUCUCUGGAACCGAAGAAUCAAAGAAUGAGUGUGUGAGGAAAACAUGAUCACUGUCGACGAUGGACCGCUGCAGACUCUGAAUGUUCUCUUUUUAUUUAAAACCACAAACAUUGUUCAGUGUUUUUGCUUUGGUUAUGUGUAUAUAUAUAUAAAAAUGUCAGAUUCGAGAGAUGUUAGUUGAUAUUCUUUCACGCUUUACUGUUUAACCCUGACAUGUACUUACGUGUAUUAAAUGUCCAGAACGUUGACUGCAGAGCAGAUUUCCUGGAAAGUACUUUUAUUUAUUUUAUCUAUUAAAAUGAACAAACACUGGGAA